GCGAAACCCCCCGAGUUGGUACCGGCGUUCCAUAUACUUUGCGGUUGAUCACAUUUUUAGAAUAUAAGAGAGAUAUUAUGGCCAUUAUGAGAUUCGCAAUAAAUUUGGGACUUAAACAGGCCUGCCAUUAAUAAAGUUUUUUUUUUUUUUUAAAUACUGAAAUAGCCAAUUAUGGUCGCCUAUAUUUGAACCCGAUGUAGCCGGCCAUCAAAUUAGAGAGGGAGAGAGAGAGAGUGAGAAACCCAAUCAAGAAACCCUAAAUUAACAAGAAAAAGCAUGGGGAGGAGAAGGAUUGAGAUCACGCUGAUCCCGGACAAGUCAAAACGACACACGACCUUCACGAAACGGCGGAACGGCCUCACAAAGAUAGCCUAUGAAUUCUGCCGGAAGUUCGACUCCACGGCGGUGCUCCUCAUCUUCUCCUCCUCCCAAAACUGCUACGCCUUCGGCCAUCCAGAAAUCGACUCCGUCUUGAACCGCUACGAGGUCGACUCCUCUUCGGCAGAAGCGGGGACCAGCGCCGCCGAGGAACGUGCAGUGACGGAGAUGGAGAGAAGGAUUGGCAAUGCGGUGGAGAGCGGGCGGUGGGAGGAGGCGGUGCGGGGGUUGGGAUUGGAUGCCUUCGACCAACUCACUGCGGAGUUGGAGAACAUUAGGCGUCAAGUGGCAGCGUUUCAGACCAAGUUUGCGGCGGCGCCGGAGGAGGAGACUCAAGAUCCUGGUCGUAGUUGAUAGCACAAAUUUAGAUUCAGAUUUUGCAUCUUUUCCUUCGGCUAUUCUUUCCAUGUCCAAAAUUUUCAUUAUGUGUAUAAUUGUUCACUUUUAAAUUUUUUAAUGUCACAGGUUGAGCGGAUUUGUAAUUCCGCUUCUUUUUUUA